CGACGAUGAUAUGUCAAACACGCAGAUUGAUGAUUAACUUAUGUGUAACUAGGAAUUCUGUGGUACAGGCACUGUACCAGUGCCGCCACUUUUUUCUGACCGGUUGGAAUGGUUGAGUUUGUAAAUUACUGGGUGACCCUGGCUUGAUAAUUCAAUUAAUAAAUCAUAAAUAAAUAAAAAAAAGUGGGAAACAAUAAACAAAAAACAGCACAGCCAUUCCCUUCCACUCCUUUGUUCGUGACUUUGUAAACCUAUCCAAGACUUCCGGCGAGCAAUCCACCACCUCGCUAUUGUCGUCGAUCGACCUCACCACCGUCGUCACGCCCGUAUCCGCCUUCUGGUCAUCGCCGCCCAUCGUUUCUGCCGCGACACCAUCGAAAUCGCCAUCGUCAUCAAGGCUCCCCAACCCUCGAUUUAAUUUCAUCACCGGCUUCAAAUGCAGCAGAUGUACGAGGCGGCCCAGCAACAGGAGAUGUUGAGGGCUUAUAAUGAACAACAGCAGCAGCAGAGGCAGUUUCAGCAGCAGGAGGCGAUCGGCUUGAUGGAUGGUGGCGUUACAACGACUGGGUUCAAUGGUGUGCCAUCAGCACCGCUAGCUCUUGGGAACAUUGGUCAUGGUACUAGCUCGUACCAAGGGCAGCAGCAGGUGAUAGAGCUUAAGCCACAGCUGUUUCUUCAGCAGCAGGAGAGGUCUGCAGGGAGCAUCAUAUCCGUCCUGGCUGCCCGGUCAUUCCCAACAAUGUCCCUACCGUGGCAAUCGAACAUCAUCAUCGUCGUUGCCGUUGUUCAGGCAGCAGCACGAAGAUCGCCGACUCAGUCGAAAUACCCAUCGUCAGCAGAGGCAAUGAAAGGAUACGUGACCUAAAAUCCGCUUUUAGCUUGUAUGAGAUAAGUCUUCAGUAUCCUUUUGAUUUGGGUAUUUGUUGGAUAAUUCCUGAAUGCGUUAGAUUGUGGAGAUUGGGUGAACAACAUAAUGUGUAUUUGGAUGGUUUCAAAUCUGAGUGUACUUAUCAUAAAUCCCUUCCCAAAUCUUCUGUCGGCGAAUUUGUUUUAUGUUCGCCUCCCCUUCCUGCCGGCGAUCAAGAGAUACCUACUGUAUUCGUUUUCCUGAGAAAACUGUUCGACUAACGAUUGAGCAGGAUAUUUCGGCAACGACAAUGAGAAGCAAGAAAAUAAACAAAUAAUUAUUUC